GAGGGAGGAAGAAGUUGCCGCUGCCUGGCGGCGUUGACGACGACCCCCAGCAACAGGGACGUUUGUCCAAUCGCAAGCGCGGCUUUCUUCCUGCCGUCUUUCGAAGCUCGGCUGGCAACGGCGGUCCUCCCUCGAGAAGGGGCUCCGUGCAGCCCCCCCAACCCCCACCCCGCUGAGGUAUUUUCUUUACUUUUGAAAACUAAAGAUUGAAUGCUAUUGAUUACUAUGCAUGGAAACUGUCAUGAGUAUCGGAUCGACCAAGAGAAAGUGGGAAGAAAAACUGAAGAAAGUUGAGAAACUAACAUCUUGCUAUAAGCGGAGGCCUCUUUGCUCCAGUUACAAACCAAAACUGUCCAAUCCAUUGCAACCACCUUCAGUUUGGAAGCUAUUCUAUCGCCAAACUCAUGCAUUUAACUAUGCCAAGACUUGUAAAGAGGAUGUUCAUGUAUUUGCUUUGGAAAAGUAUGAUGGAAAUAAUCAACGCCUCUAUCUUGUGACAACUUAUACAGAACUUUGGUUCUACUACCGCAAACCUGAAACAAAACUGAAGCAUUGCUAUGAAAUCAUCCCAGAAACAGCUGUUUGCAAGCUUUAUUUUGAUUUGGAAUUCUACAAACCAACAAAUCAGGGAGCCAAUGCAAUUCAGAUGGUAGCAGACUUAAUUAAGUUUAUAGGUAGAAAACUAGAUGAAUACUAUGAAAUUAAAUGCUCAGCUGAGAAUAUUUUGAAAUUGGAUUCCAGCACUGAAGAAAAAUAUAGCUGCCAUUUAAUAUUUCUACUUGAAAAUGCUGCAUUUAAGAAUAAUAUCCACAUAGGUAACUUUUUAAGAACAAUUUUGCAACCUGCUAUUCUUUUAACUAAGAAUAACGAUGCAAUGGACCCCCAAAACAUCAACUCUGUUGGUCGGUGUUAUAAAACUACCAUUGAUUUGCCUACGUGUCUUGAAAAUGACAGUUUAGUCAAAGAUGCAUGUCAGAACUUGAAACUGAACUCUUACAAAAUAUCAGGAAAAGGAACAUCAGAAGAAAAUCCAGAUCUUUCUUUUUUAAUAGUGAAUGGUAAACAAGGAGGAAAGCAACUGUUUGUGGAUCUUGGAGUUUAUACAAAAAAUAGAAAUUUUCGAUUAUACAUGUCAUCAAAAGCAGGACACAGUGUCAUUUUGAAUAUUGCAGAAGAUAACAAGUUUGUUCCUAAACCUGUAAAUAAUUCUUGCAUAGAUGAACAGUAUUUUUUGUCUUCCUUGAUCUGCAAUGUAAGAUUUUCAGAUUGCUUAAAAAUUUUGACCUGUGACAACCAAGAACAUGCAAGAGACCUAUCCCUGUAUUUAGAAGACAAAAUAUCAAGGAGCUGUCUGGCACCAAUAGAAGGAUGCCAUUGUUCACCUUACCCAGAAAUAGAUAAUUUUGUUCACACUUUAAUCAAGAAAGAUAAUGUUCAAGGAGGAAUAAGAAGAUGGAACUACUUUUCACUUGAACAGCUUAUUGUAUAUGACAUCUCCAACUAUCGGUGGUGCAGAAAUAUUGGCAGAGCUCACAAAAGUAAUAAUAUAAUGAUUAUAAUAGAUUUGAAAAAUGAAAAUUGGUAUCAGAAAUGUCAUGAUCCUAUUUGCAGAGCUGAAAACUUCAAGUCAGAAUGUUUUCCACUACCGGUCGAAGUAUGCUUGUCCUUCCUUUUCAAAGAGGAUGAAGAAUAUGUCGGUACAAUAGAUGAAAAUAACACUGAAGAAAGAGCAAAUACAGUUGAUACUACAGGCUUAUUGGACAGCAUACCUUUUACUUCAGUGCAAGAAAAUAGCAAGCCAAACAAGAAAAGCUCAAAUGUUGAAUGGGAUCAUGAGUUUGACGCCUGCCUUUUGGAAGCUUCUGAAGAUGUAGAACUAAUUGAAGCUACUGAUAAUUUUGAUACUCAAAGGAACUGUACUGUGGAUGAAAUACCCGAUGAGCUCCUAGCAGGUGUUUUAAGAAAUUAUGAAGUAAAGGAAAGAAAGGAAAGUUAUCAAAACCUUGUGAAUGAACUUUUCGGCAAGGACUGAUCACAGACUGUCGUGUCGGACUGAAACAAGAAAGAGUUAAUAUCCUCCCACCCCCAAAAACCACAGUCGCCAAGGGUGGGACUGAUGGCCGUUUCCCUCUCUCCAAGAAGGGAAGUUCAGGUAAGCCAAAGCCCCGUUCUCUCUGUCGGGGGAAACGGCCAUCAGGUGUGGGACAUACCAAAGCUAGAUGUCCUCAUGGGAGGGAUACUGGCGACUAGUCAUUGCUGAUCCAGAUGAACUGCCUGCAGAACUCGCCUCCCGAAUGUGGCAUCAGCCGAUGCAUAAGCAUCCACACGAUAGUGACAAAUGAACGACGAUGGACUGGACCAUGUUGCGGCCCUACAGAUUUCAUCGAUGGACGCCUGAGUACUCCAUGCUGCCAAUGAAGCGGCACUCCUGGUGGAAUGGGCUGUAAUAUUCCUUGGGAUCGGAAGAGCCUGCUUCUCAUACGCUGUAGCAAUAGUGGCCCUGAUACAUCGGGCUAAGACAGACUUGGAUACCUUCGAUCCCAAAGACACUGGUUGGAAUGAUACAAAAAGAGCUUCCGUUUUUCUAAAGGUUGAUGUCUGGUUGAUGUAGAUUGUCAAUGCUCUCCUCAUGUCCAAAGUGUGCCAUACUCGCUCCAGGUCAUGAGAACGCUUUGGACAGAAAUCCGGGAGCACGACCUCCUGAGACCUAUGGAACCUAGUGUUGACUUUUGGAAUGAUAGCCGGAUCCAUCUGGAGUACUACUCUAUCGACCAAAAAUAAGCAAAGGUCCUGACAAACCAAAAGCGCUGAUAGUUCUGAGAUCCUGCGGGCCGAAGUGAUGGCUAUCAGAAACGCCACUUUUAGAGACAGGAAACAAAGUGACACCUCUCGGAGAGGUUCGAAUGGAACCUUAGUUAAUCCAGUUAGGACUGCAUUCAAUCGUCAAGUUGGCAAACGGUACACCAUCGGUGGUUUGAUAUUAGUUGCACCGCGCAAAAACUGCUGAAUCAGAGGAGCCCUGGACAGGGAGGAUGACGAACCGCACCUCAUGACUGAAGAGAGUGCCACCAUCUGUCUCCCGAGUGUAUUAAGGGCAAACCCUAUGUCUAGUCCGUGUUGUAGAAAAGCCAAAAUGUCCAAGAUAGAUGCCGAGGUAGCCUCCUGAUCGUGAUUGUUACACCAGGAAACAAAUGUGCGCCAAGUAGCAUCGUAAAUCCUAAUGGUGGAGUCCCGGUGAGCCGCAACCAUGGUAGGAAUGGCUUGUUCUGGAACCCUGGCCACUGCUAAAAUGCGCCGCUCAGUCUCAAUAGCCGUAGCCAUUGUGGAUCCGGAUGUCUGAGCGGUUCCUGGCAUAACUCCACCUGAUCGUCUGGAAUCUUCCACGGUUAGUGUGUCAAGAGUGCUAUCAGAUCCGGAAACCAAGGCCUCCUGGGCCAAUAAGGAGCUACUAAAAUUAGCUCUGCCCGUUCUGUCAGUAUUUUGCGUAUCACCCUGGGAAUGAGCGGGAGAGGUGGAAAGGCAAACAGCAGGCCUGGAGGCCACCUGCUGCGGAGGGCGUCUAGUGCUUCCACGCCAAACGAGGGGAAUCUCGUGAAAAAUUGUGGCACUUAGUUGUUGGUUCUGUACGCAAAUAGAUCCACUAGCGGGCACCCAAAGCAGCACGAUAAAUCUUGGAAAAUUUGCGGAGCCAAAGAUCACUCCGCCUGAUCUACGGUUUGACGAUUGAGGGCAUCCACUGCCCUGUUGUCCGUUCCAGAUAUGUGCUCCGCUUUCAAGGAUCGUAGUUGUGACUCGGCCCAAUGACCAAGGUGUAGAGCUUUGCCGUCAUGUUGUCGGUAAGUACUAAUACAUCCUUGUCCAGUAUUAAUGACUUGAAGACUUGAAGAGCCAGAAGGAUAGCUUGUAGUUCCAAAAGGUUGAUACCCUGGUGAAUUUCGGAAGGAGACCACUUGCCUUGGGCCAUGUGCUGAUCUAGAUGAGCACCCCAUCCCGACAGACUGGUGUCGGUCAUGAGAACGCUCCGUACUGGCUCCCUGAAACACGAGCCUCUGGCUACUGCUGUUGUAGUCCACCACUCCAAGGACUCUGUCACUUCCUGUGGCAGAGUCACACGGCGAUUGGACGCGCUGAUGAGGUUCCUCUGGUCUGGCAAGAGGAACCACUGCAGAGGCCGACUGUGUAGGCAAGACCAUGAAACAAUGUCAUAGGAUGAGACCAUCUUCCUUAAUAACUGAGAUAGCUUCACUAAAGGGAUUGCUCUAGCCCUACUACAAUCGGCAGCCAAUUCAGAAAGACUAUUCUGCCGGUCUUCUGACAAGAAAACCAUGGAGUCCCGGGAGUCUAUUCUCGCUCCCACGAGAAUAGUUGUUGACAGGAUUAGGUGACUCUUGUCCCAAUUAAUUGAGAACCCAUGUGACUGCAGACUCCCAAUAGUGAGAGAGAUAUAUCCCUCUCUGCCCCCUUUUUAGAGGAGGACAUUAUCAAGAUAUCAUCAAGAUAGGCCUAAAGCCUUACGGGAAUCUUGCGGAUAUGUGCCAUUAAUACCGACAUAAUUUUAGUAAAGACCCUUGGGGCUGAGGACAGCCCGAAGGGCAAGGCUCUGUACUGGUAAUGACACCCGUUGUAGUAAAAACGUAGGAAUUGACAGUGCUCCUGCCUGAUAGGCACGUGUAAAUAAGCUUCUGUCAGAUCAAUAGAGGAGAGGAAGUCUCCUGGGCGGAUGCACUCCAAUAUGGAUUUUAAAGAAUGCAUCUUGAAGUGGUGAUAGGUUAUAAAUCUGUUAAGGCCUUGAGAUCAAGAAUUGCCUCCAACCCCCGAUGGUUUUCUUAGGACAAAAAGGCGGGAAUAAAAUCAGUUUUCGCUGAUUUGACGGGACUGGUUGGAUGGCCCAUAUAUCAAGUAGAUGAAGGACUGCCUCGUCCAUUAGCCCCCGGUUGGGCCCGUAGGAAGAUAGUGAACAUUGUCGGAAAACCGUGGGGUGGAGAGGAAUUCUAGGGAAAGACCCCUUCGGAUCGUUUCCCGAACCCAAAUGUCAAUAGUGGAUGAUUCCCAUUGGGAAAAGAAAUAAACCAACCAGCCACCAAUGGGAAGGUUGGCGGGGGAAUUAUUUAUUGCGACUGAAGGGCCUUCCCCACCCUCCCCGGAAUGACUUACAAUCAUUUGGGCCCCAAUCUGACCUGACUCUCAUGCUGGUAACCUCCUCUGGUCAACAAAAAGCGUUGAGCUCGCUGACCAAAACUCCUGAAUUCUUGGCCACGAAAGGAAUGUGGAAUCCUACUUUGGAGUUGUUUGAUCCACAUAAGGGCCGCCCGGUUAAAAAAUGACGCGGCUGUAGAGGCUCUGAUGGACCAGGCCGAAGCCUGAUGUGAUUUCAUCAAGGAGCGAUCCGCUCAUUUGUCUUCAGGGCAUAGAGCUUCAUUGGCCAGCCCUGUAACAUGUGAAGAUGAAGUAAGAGCCACCACUGGAGCGUCUACCGUGGGGAUUUGUAAUAUUUUGUCUAGGUCCUGAGCGCAACUGUAAAAUUGUUUGUCGUUAGUGUUAGGGUUGGAACCCGAUCCCGGGUUUUGCCAUUGUCGUUGGACCACAUCUACAAAAAUCUUUGGGGCUGGAAUGGCCUCUAUUGCCACCGUGAGUUCGACAAAAAAAUUGCCUGAUGCGUCAGGUAAGGACUGAGGUUUCCCCUCAGCCGUAAUAGUAAGUGGCCUGCGCUUUGAAAAGAAGCGAACAGAAGUGAUGGGAUUUGAAGAGGCCUACAAAUGAUGGUUGAUCAGGACCCAGACUCUCAUCAUCCGACAGAGUCGUCUCAUUGAUGUCCUCUUCUCCAGACAACUCUUCCUCAUCGUCCGUCUGAGGGGGAGUGAUCUCUGAGUAGAGUAUCUCUAGGGACUGGCGUUCUAGACUCCUCAUUUCUAUGUCUGUGCCUGAAGGAAUGGCUCUCAGAUUGAAGGCAUUGAGUCACUCCUUGUCGGAUAACUUCCGAAAGCAUAAGACCGAAUGAAUCUGGAAGCUGCAGGACGGGUUGUUGAGACAAGGGUUGUUGAGGUUGAAUAGGAAGGCUGGAAUCCUGGUUGGUAGGCCUGAGAGGGGCAAAAACCUGCCCUGAUCUCCGCUUGAGAUUAAGUGCGGAAGAGAGGUGCCCCGUCUGGGGGAUGAUUUAGAGAUGAAGGUACAUCCCUAUCAGGGGACCAUGACCCCGACUCUAUGGCCAUAGGGAUACGAGCAGGGCUCGUGGCCUUGGAUUGGAUGUCCAUUGUUCGAUGGCCCCGUGGGGAAGGUGAGGUAGAUUUGCCGGUCCUCUCUGAGGCCUUGUGAAAAACCCUCUUUAGCACCCUGUGGUGCCUCUCCUCCGCUCGUGAGGCCUUCUUGGCUUUAGAACGGAUAGAACAGCCUCGAGCCUUAGUGGGCGCUUGCCCUGAUGACAGACCCUCCCCAUGGUCGGUAUGAGCGGCCAAUGGAUCCAUGACGACAGCUCCUUUAGAGAUACGGCUGCUUCGUCGGCAAUCUUGAAAAAGGGAAAAUUCCCGCCAAAUUACCGAGCCAGAGGCCUGGGCUAUUUAGAGCCUGUUUGCAUACUCACAGGAAAAAGAAGGUAGCCGAUGCUGUCGUCAGCUCAAAAAGGCAUGUUUCGUGGCGUGCUGCGGAGCAGCCCGCCAAAUUGCUGUAAAGGCACGCCAAGACAAUUGCGCGCCUCCCUGUAGUUGGAGCCUCCCGCGCGGCAAUCUGUGAGGCAACUCCAGCCGCCGGUGUCUUCAAACGGCGUUAGCUCUCAAUAUCGCUCGCUCUCUAGGCUAUCCGUGAUCAAUGUAAAUUAGCAGGACCCAAUUUACGCCGCUCUCUGAGUUUGCCGUAAGCCUCCCCAAUCGCUAGCCGCUGUCGGCUUCAAGCGCGAAGAUUUAAAUGGGAGCCUUCACUCCAUCCAAGAGGCUGCGGAGGCUGUGUGGAAUCCGUGGCUUCCUGCCACGCUAAAUUAAGAAGCGGCCUUCCUGCAGCGCGUCAGGGCAAGCCUGUGAUCGCUGUCAGGAAAAUUCUGCAUAUCUGCGAAUCUGCAGAAGCCUGCCACUAAUGGCUUUCAGCAGGCUCGGGAGCAAGUCCCUUCACGCUGGAAAAGUCAAUCACAAUUCCGAUCUUGUUUAAACAAUUUAAAUUUCAAGCCAAGGAAUCUGACACCUCUGGUCCUCUUGGAAGACCGAGUCAAAAAGCUGGGGAGCAUAAAGGAGGUGGGGACAACAAGAAAAAUAUUCAGCAGACCCAGUCCAAUGGGAAUCGAGAAGAUAAAUCCACACCUGAUGGCCAUUUCCCCCGACGGAGAGAACAUAGUUUCUUUUACUGUUUCAUCUUCCAUUUUGUAUUUUAAGAGAAAAUUGAAAAUUUUUGUGAUCAUUUUUUCCCCUAGCCUAGUAGAAUUUUGUCUAUAUCCAAUUGUUUUCUAUGUAUACCAUAUUGCUCCUGAUCUUUUUUGAAUCUGGUUUUUAUUUGUAGAUAUGGCCACCAUUCCAUGUUUAAUCCUUGUUUUUUCAAAUCUUGAAAUGAUUUUGAUUCCCCUUUUUCAUUAAGUAGCUCUGCAUAUCUUAUCAUUUUGCUCAAAGUAUUUGGGUAAUAUUGCUUCCAUGGUUGAUAGCCAAACUGGGAUUUUGUAUAAUGAUCUUUCUUAAUUUUCUCCCAAACUUGUAAAAGGGCAUUUCUUAAUAGGUGUCUUUGAAAAUAUGUAUGGUAUUUAUUUUUCCCAUCUCAGAGAAAACUAUGCCAGCCGAUCUGGAGAUCAUGGCCUUUUAUCGUUAAUACUCAUUUAUUUUGUAGUUGAAUCCAUUUUUUAAGCCAUGUUAGCGUUGUGGCUUGAUAGUAAAGCUCCCAAUUUGGGAGACUAAACCGCCUCUGCUUCUGCUAUCUUGCAAUAUUUUCAGUUUAAUACGAGGUUUCUUACCUGACCAAACAAAUAUUGAUAUUGAUAUUCAAACAAAUUGUUUGAAGAAAUUUUUCUCUAAUUUAAUCGGUAUAGUUUGAAACAAAUAUAACAAUCUGGGUAGUAUGUUCAUUUUAAUCAUUGAGAUUCUACCAAUCAUCGAUAUUCAUAAUUUGGACCAAGUUUCUAAAUCCUUUUGAAUUUGUAAAUAAUAAAUUUUGUAUGUUUACUGUGGUUGAUGAAGAAUAAAGACAACUAGAGCUUAGAAGCAACUAGGUGUUAGAAAGAUGAAAUUUAGGAUUUAGGAAAAGGAUUUUAUUGAAUUGCCAAAAUAUGUAAAUAGUAAUGCAAGUACAUAAAUAGUAAUGUGAUAUAUUUAGAGC